AUGUCCACCGACGACAUCGCCGCAGCCGUCCCAGCGUCUGAGUCUCUCCCUGUCGACACGCGGGAUGGCAUCGACGACCAGAUCGAAUGUGCCAAGGUGCCCUUGCAGCCCGCCUUCUUGCACUCGCCGCCGGAUAGCAACGAUGCCGGCAAGUCAGAGGCCAGCGACUCGGAGCUGAGCGACCUCGAGGACGAGCCGCCGCUGGAGGAUGCGCCGAUGCUACCCCCGGAUCUCGCUGCUGAGGAGGACGACAUUGGUGACAUCGAGCCGGACCACUACUCGUCCGGCAACGUGCCCAUAUUCAAACCGACCAUGGAGCAGUUCAAGGAUUUCAAGCGAUUCAUGACAAAAGUCGACAAGUAUGGAAUGAAGUCUGGUAUUAUCAAGGUCAUUCCGCCAAAGGAGUGGAAAGAUGCACAGCCACAACUCGACGAUCUCGUAAAGCAGGUCCGAGUCCGCGAGCCAAUCAAACAGGACAUCAUGGGUUCGAACGGCACUUACCGCCAAGUUAAUAUUCUCCAUGGACGCUCUUACAACAUACCGCAGUGGAGACAACUUUGCGAACAGAGCGAGCAUCAGCCUCCUGCACGGCGUGGCGAGAGACGCGCGAAUGCGGAUAAGCCCAAACCCGUGCGGUCUCGCCCUGCUGCUCCCAAGGCUGCGAAUCCCAUUCCCACGCCAAGGACUCGUGGACGAGGACGGCCGCCCAAAAACAAGGGCAAGGCCAAACGAGAUGAAGAGAGCCGGCCCAUGACCCCGGUGUCCCCAAGAGUCGAAGCUGAUGGCGCAGUAGCAGACGAGGUGAUGGAGUCUAUCGAACCAAUAAAGGAACUGGGCACUGAGGUAGAUUACGAUGACGAUGAGCAGCCCACGGUCCGCAGAAUGGGCGGAAUUAAACCCAGCAGGCCAAAGAUUCAGUCCACUUCAGCACGCCGAAAAUACAGCCGCCGCGAAGGAUCUGCAGUCAUUGAUGAAGCUGCGUUCAAAGAAUUCGACUACCGGAUGGAUAUUUCCGACUAUACGCCUGAACGCUGCGAAGAAUUGGAGCGAGUCUAUUGGAAAACGUUGACCUAUGCUCAACCGCUAUAUGGUGCUGACCUGAUGGGCACGCUAUUCGACGAUAGGACCGAGAAUUGGAACCUCAACAAACUGCCAAAUCUCCUGGAUGUUCUUGGCACAAAGGUCCCUGGUGUCAAUACUGCAUAUCUCUACCUUGGAAUGUGGAAGGCGACUUUUGCCUGGCAUCUUGAAGAUGUCGACUUGUACAGCAUCAAUUUUCUUCACUUUGGCGCUCCAAAACAAUGGUACAGCAUUUCACAGGCUGAUGCCCGACGAUUUGAGGCUGCUAUGAAGAGCAUCUGGCCUGCCGAUGCUAAAGCUUGUGAUCAAUUCCUUCGCCACAAGGCUUUCCUCAUCUCGCCGCAACACCUUCAGCAGCACUAUGGCAUCAAGGUCAACCGAGUUGUCUCUUACCCCGGCGAAUUCGUUGUCACGUACCCCUAUGGAUAUCAUUCCGGCUACAAUCUAGGAUACAACUGCGCCGAAGCAGUCAAUUUUGCCCUCGAUUCCUGGCUUGAGAUGGGCAAAAUCGCCAAGAAGUGUGAAUGUGCUCAAGCUCAAGACAGCGUGUGGGUUAAUGUAUACGAGAUUGAGAGAAAGCUGCGCGGAGAAGAAACAGAAUACGAAGAGACAGAGGACGACGAUGACGAUGAAGACGACGACGAUGACGAUGAGCUUUCUGGACUUCCCACUCCUCCAGGUCACGCUGUGAAAUUCAAGGAUGCCAAUCGAAAGAGGAAGCGCGGCAAAGCAGACAAGGGGGCCAAGACCAAGGUUAAGAAGAUCAGAUUACGACUCAAAGUCAAGGCUGAACCACCUUGUUGUCUGUGCCCCAACGACAUCCCCAGUCUGGAGUUUCUUCCUACAGACGACGGCAGGAAAGCACAUCGCCUCUGCGCCCUCUAUAUUCCUGAGACAUACAUUGAUACAGUUGACGGCAAAGAAACUGUAUUCAACGUUUCUUCUAUACACAAAGAUCGGCUUGAUCUCAAAUGCUUACUCUGUCGAUCAAAACGCGGGGCUUGCUUCCAAUGCUCCCAAAAGAAAUGCACGAGGGCGUACCACGCUACGUGCGCAGCAGCGGCUGGAGCGUUUACCGAAGAGCAAGAGGUUCCAGUUUUUGGUGAGGACGGGACGGAAUACAAAGAACAGGCUUUUGAGUUUAGCUGUCGCUUCCACCGUGCCAAGCGCGACAAGAAGCUGGAUGGCGACGCCUUGGAAGAUGACUCUCGUAUCUUGAAGGCGGCCGAGGCCCUCAACAAAGGAGAGAUUUGUCAGCUGCAAUAUCACAAGGGUGAGAUUUUUGCUGGAGUCGUGGUGGACAAUCGACCAGAUGAGCGAAUGCUGCUAGUUGAUGUCCUUCCAAACGGUGAUCGGAUGGAAGUUGAGUGGAAAUGGCUCCUGCUUCCAGACCCAUCUGAUUAUCACUUACCCAAGGCAUCGGCAAAUGCCAUCCCGCUACCAUCUUCCCAAAAGGCAAAGGAUAAGCUCAAUGCCAAGCGCCAGCAAGGUGAUGACAAGCCUCGGAAAGACGAUACCUUUGUCGAAGGUGGCUUUACCUGGGCAGAAUUUCACACUAGCGAGAUUGCGAAUAAAGAGCAGGCAAAGAUCGACUUUGCCAAGCAAGAUCAGAUCUGGCAUUAUCUUGGCAAGACAUCGACCGAAGCCAGAGCGCAGUACACCGAGGAUCCAACAAUCCCGCGGUACAAUACCAAGAGCAACUACUUGGAUACACUCCCAAAGCCCCCCAAACCUGCGCCUGUGCGACAGGUCUAUCAACAGAGAGCCUACGGACUCUAUGGCCCUACUGCUACGAGUUAUACGGGCUUGGAAAAACCUUAUGUCUAUCAACCGAGAACUUCUACAGCGUCGACUUACUACCACCCCGGCACAUACACAUUCCAAGCAGCGAAUGCUGCUCCUCCCAAUAUUCAAAAGUAUCAGCCGUAUACAGUACAGCGAUUUGAACCAAUGGCUGGAGCAGGUGGAAAGUUCCAGGCUAACAGGGCGCCGGCGCCGCCACCUGCGCAGCCGUCACAUUUCUAUUCCACGCUGGAUGCGUCGAAAUAUAGAACUCCGUAUUCACCUUGGGGCGGGUUUACCAACGGCUACGAAGGCGAUUUGAGAGCGCAUUUGCUAGCAAACCAGAACGAUCUUCUCCGGCAAGCAUCUUUGGCGGCCAUGUCUCCAGUUGGCUCCGCGAGACCAUACCAGGCUUCACCUGCAACAGCCGUCUCGUCAGGGGCAGCACCAAUCUCUACAACACCUCAGCAGAUGACCACUUCGCUACCCCCGCCAAUACUAGGGACUGCCAGCCAUCAGUAUCAUCCUGCGAUCAAGGCUCAGUACAGGAAUAUGGCUCAGCAGCCCAGCAAGCCUAAGCCAGCCCCCGCGCCCAAGUCGUACAAGGUUGGCUUACCCGCAGCUAUCAGUCUGUCCUUGAAGUCGACUAAAUCCGCAAUGCAGGUUCCACCUAAGCAGUCUCCAGUUCCCUUACCAGCAGGCUUCUUAGCUGCUAUGGCCUCGUCGCCCGGCACCCCUAUGCAGUCCUCUCCCAAACCUUCGCCAGCUCAGCCGUCCAGUCCCAAGGCCGGGUCUCCCAAUACUAAAUCGGCCAUGGCAUCUUCGUCAUCAACAUCUCUCCGUGGGUCAGCAACGCCUGUGGGGUCGGCAUCCAAAACGCCACAACAGCCGCAAAGAAUAUCAGUCACCCCAGUGCCACUCCCCAAGUUUUCCAUGUUACCUCAGGAGAGCAAAGCAGCGACGACACUUCCGCCAGCGAAGCCCGAAUCAUCGAAUCCACCGCAGGCCAAGGGACCGAAUGGUCCGGAAGACGGCGUGCCUGGAGCUGCUACGCCCAAAGCAGAGGCUACUCCAAAAGAAGCAGCAGUACCGAGUAUUGAAACCCCAUUUAACACCAAUAAUGUAAUUCCAGACAUGAAACAAUCUGCGGCUUUACUAACGCCGUCUUCUACGAUUAAUCAACAGACCAUGGCUGAUCGCCCUCCUCAGCCCCAUACUGCGCAAACCACGAUGCAUCACCAACCUGAAGGAUUCCCUGACGUUCCAGGCUGCGAAUCAAUGGAGUUUGUCGAGCGGAUGAUGGAGAAUUUGAGGAGAGCCUCUCAGCGGCGGAGUGCAAGCUGA